UCUUUAAAUCCCCUUUCCCUAUCUACCUCUCCUACAAAGAAAUGGAGAAAAUUUGUUGGCUACAACAUCUGCCGCACGUGCUCUUCUUCUCCUUCUUCUUCUUCUUCUACAUCUCCUUCCCUCAACAUUUGCAAGCUUCCUCGGAUUACACUCGACCACCCCCUGGGAGCAUUUUAUCCACACCACACAAAGGUUCAGACUCUGACCCACAACAGGUCCAUGUAUCGUUAGUAGGAAGUGAUCAUGUGAGGGUUUCAUGGAUUACAGAAGAUAAAAAGGUUCCUUCAUUAGUUGAAUACGGUAAAAUACCUGGAAAAUAUGAAGCAUCAGCAACCGGAGAAAAUGAAUCAUAUAGUUACUUCUUGUACAAGUCCGGCGAGAUCCAUCAUGUGAAGAUCGGACCAUUGGAACCCAGCACCAACUAUUACUACCGUUGUGGUGGAAGUGGCCAGGAGUUUAGCUUCAAGACACCCCCACCUACCUUCCCCAUUGAAUUCGCCAUUGUAGGGGACCUAGGACAGACGGAAUGGACAAAAUCAACGCUAGCACACGUGGACGAAGCAGACUACGACGUGUUCUUACUCCCAGGAGAUCUAUCCUACGCAGACUUACUACAACCACUCUGGGAUUCCUUCGGCCGCUUGGUCCAACCAUAUGCGAGCCGGCGUCCGUGGAUGGUGACCCAAGGAAACCACGAGGUCGAGACCUUUCCCAUAUUUGAGAACGAGCCUUUCAAAGCCUACAAUGCCAGGUGGCGCAUGCCCUUUGAAGAGAGUGGGUCCACCUCCAACCUCUACUAUUCCUUCGACGUUGCCGGAGUUCACAUCAUCAUGUUGGGUUCUUACGCCGACUUCGCCGUUGGAUCCGACCAAUACAAAUGGCUCCAAGCUGACUUGGCAAAGGUGGACCGGGAGAGAACACCAUGGAUCGUUGUUCUACUUCACACCCCAUGGUAUAACACUAAUACAGCCCAUCAAGGUUCGGGAGAGAGCAUGAGGAAAGCCAUGGAAGGUUUAUUGUACCAGGCGCGAGUCGACAUUGUUUUCGUCGGACAUGUUCAUUCCUACGAACGAUUUACGAGGGUGUACAACAACACGGCCAAUCAAUGCGGUCCGGUUCAUGUGACAAUAGGGGAUGGGGGAAACAGAGAAGGACUUGCUUCACACUAUAAGGAGCCAACUUCUCCUCUGUCGUUGUUCCGGGAAGCAAGCUUUGGACAUGGCCGGUUCAGAGUAUUCAACAAAACUCAUGCUCAUUGGUCAUGGCAUCGCAACAAUGAUUCCAAAUCAACAGUUGCAGAUGAAGUGUGGCUUCAAAGUCUCAGCGUCCCUACCUUCUAAUUUUACCAAAGAUGAACUUUGAAGCUAUAUUAAUGUGAAACUUAC